UGCAAAAAACAACGAGGAAAUCACCCUGCCCCACAGCAUAACCUGUGCCCUGUCAGACAUGUCACUUUACAAGUCAUUUGGUCGCUAUGAUGCACUGUGCCUCAUCGUUCUCCAGGGAGCACUUUCACUAAACACCGACGUUUGAAAACACACACACAAAGUUUAGAAAUGAUCCGGAUCAACAACACCCAAUACUUCCACUUCCUGCAGCAUGCAAAUGUCCUCCGCCGCUCUGGGUCGCUGUGCGACGCCGUCAUCUCAGUGAAGAGUCAGAUCUUCAGAGCUCACCGGCUGGUGCUGGCCUGUGCCAGCAGAGCGCUGGCGCAGCGCCUGGCCCAGGGCGACGCCGACAGCCCGGUGCACUGCACUCUGGAGUACUUCUCGCCCCACACCUUCCAGCAGGUGCUGGACUUCACCUACACCCAGGCCCUGGACGUGCCGGUGGACGACCUGCGCCUGCUGCUGCGGGCCGCCCAGCUGCUGGAGAUGCAGCAGCUGGAGGAGCAGUGCAGGAAGCAGCUGGACACUCUGGACUGCAGGGAGGCGGCGCAGCCAGCCAAAGAGGUCAAAGAAGAACAGGAAAGCACAGAAGAGAGAAACGAAGACGCAGCUCAGGGGGACAAACCCCAAGAGGCGUCUCCGCCGGAGGAGGCAGAGGACAUUACCACUGUCACAAAAACACUUUUACUUUCUGAUUGUCAGAGGAGCCGCAGCAGCCCUCCGUCCACAGCGAAGAAGUCCAGACUGUCCCCGAUGCCGGCGCUGUGCCGAGACAGCGUGAUCACCAGGCCGCUGGCCGGCAGCUCGUCCUUCUCGUCUCCCUGGACGUUCUCGGCCCACAUGAGGGACUCGGUCAGCACCCUGAGACGGAUAACCGAGAACUUCAUCUCAGCCCACCCCCUCCAGUACCCCCACCAGGCCUCUGUAGCGAACCCCUUCUCCCUCUCCACCCCCCACGUGUUCCCCCUGCUGGGCUCCCACCUCCAGGGCCCGGUUCAGAGGUACGUGAUGGACUGCUCCAGCUUCCAUCCGCGCUACAACCAGAACCUCUACGCCGAGUCCAACAAGACCAGCAGCGCGCUCAGGAGGAAGCAGGCCGCUCACCGAGCGUUCACUCCGAGCGCUCAGAGCGACAAGCCGAGCGACGCCCGGAGCUCGCCGAGCGUCUCAGACUGCAAGCGCUGCGACACCAGUGCACUUUAUGAUGCUGCGCGGCCGGAAUCAGCCUCCUCGCGAUCAGGUAAAAGCUGCACAGGAUGUCGGCUCUGUGGCAGCAGAGAUCCGCUGCAGCCCGAGCCAGAGGCCAGAAGAAACCACAGAGGGGAAAAACCGUACCAGUGUCAACACUGUCCCAAGAAGUUCAGUCUGAAACACCAGCUGGACACACACCACCGCGUUCACACCGGGGAGAAACCCUUCGAGUGCCGCCUCUGCGGCCAGCGCUCCCGGGACUACUCAGCCAUGAUCAAGCACCUGCGGACUCACGGCGGGGCGGCGCCCUACCAGUGCACGGCGUGCCUGGAGUUCUGCAGCAGCCUGGUCGCCAUGCAGAGACACGUCAAGAGCCACCCGGUGCAGGACUUCCCCCCGAACUGGAACAUCAGCAGCACCUAUUUGUACAUUUCCCACAUUUGACCCCGAACCUCCAGGACGUCGUCGCUGCCGCGGCCUUCAGGCUGCGUGUGUGUUGUUGUGUAUUUGUAUUAUAUUAAACAGAGUUAAACACAAACUCUCCUUGUGAACCCAGAACAACACUUUAGGCUUUAGAGCAGUGCUGUCAAACGCGUUUCAGUUCACCGUCCACAUAUAGACCGAUGGAGGAAUAAUAAUAAACUUUAAAGUUUUACAAUAGUCUAAGUGGGUAUAGUCUAAGUCUAAGUCUAAGUCUAAAUUUCAAGUCAAAGCAGUUAACUGGCUUUAAGUUGCUGAUGAAUCACAACGCCUGUUAGAUAUAAUGUCUGAAAAUGUGAGCCUGACUUGAGCGAGGCGUGAUGCGAACAUGCUGUGUCUCACGUUAACCCGGUUCCGGCUCAAUGUUGCACACUUUGCAAACCUCUGCUCGAUACAAAAUGAAACUGUUCAUUUUCGUAUUCAGGUUGAUUUUAGAAUGCAGCCCUGAUUUUAAAAACAAGUGGAAACAGCAGUUGAUCAUCCAUUAAAGUGACGCAGGUAUCUUCCCUCUGACUUUCACUAUUAUUGGCCUGGUUGUGUAAGCUCUCUCUCCGGGGCUGACCUGGGUGAACAGCACCCCCUUCAGGACAAACACUGAAACUUUUUU